AUGAAUAAACAAAUUGGAGUGAGUCAUUGUCAAGAGGAAGACACAUUCGAUUUUCAAACAUUCUACAUCGUCAAACUAUAUCCGAAAGAUACAAAUAUUGAAGCCGGUGUAAUACAAGGUUAUGCAUUCUACUAUAACAUUGAAAGUAAAGAGCAUCUUAGAGAAGGAUUUCUAUUUGAAUCCGCGCAACUCUCGAUAGAUGAUAAUUGGUUCGAUGAAACACCGGUCGAGAGAUUAGAGAUUGCUUCAGAAGACGAUUCAAAGACAAUUGAAGAUGUAUAUGUAAAGGUUUACUAUGAUAAUCUAUAUCACAAAUAUAGAAUAAUUAUAUUUAGACCAUUUAAAUAA